AUGCACGCGCUUCUCAGAAUCGACCAGCCAGUUUGCACGACUUUGAACUUCCCAGUUGUCGAUGUUAGCUCGAUAGGUGUUAAUCGCUUCAAAGUGAUUUGACCGAGUUAGAUAAGGCUAUUCAUUAGUUGCUCUCUUACUUUAUGGUUUUCCAUUUUUGAAAGUCGAUGCCCAACGAUCGUAUAUAUUUUCUUUUUCCAAAACGAUCAGGUUUGAAACGUGGCUGGUCUAAGUAUUGGACAAAAAAAGAAAAAAAAAAGAAAAAGUCCAAUGAGAAUGAAAUUUCGAAUUGUUAACAUCAUAGUCGCAGCAAUUGCAGUCCUCGCAAAAUGCAAAAAAAUGUCACAGCACACGAGAUUCGAAUUACAUUGCCGGGGGUAUUCGAUUGCCCGGAUGUUCGACGUUAAUCACGGAAACGGAAGAAGCACAGGAAUUUAAUAAUCUUAUUUAUAUACCGCGUGGCUGC